CUCGUACUCUGUUUAGCCGCGUCUUCAAACCUCCUUCCUCCAUGUGUCAAACGAAAUUGAACUUGAAGUAUGUACAUGUGAUAGGUAAUAGUGAUGUAAUUCAUCAUAUUGUGGUCAUAUUAACAAAAUAAAAUUAUACUAUCCCCAUACUUCAUUUCCAUAUCGAUUAAUAAAAAUGAAAUCUAUACUAAAAUAACUAAAUUUCAAAAUUAUAAACCAUGUACUAAGACCAUCAUGGGGUUAUCAAGAUACUUUAAUUUUUUUUCUAAUCGACUACGGUACAUGGCAACUGUUAGAACUAUAAAUCACUAUGAUUCUUUGGGAAUAACUCCCAAAGCUACUCAGAAUGAAAUAAAAGCUGCAUAUUACAAGUUAUCAAUGGUUUAUCAUCCUGACAAAAAUAAGGAUGAAGCAUCUCUUCAGAAGUUUAGAGCUAUCACUGAAGCUUAUGAAGUUUUGGGGAAUGUCAAAACUAGGAAAAUGUAUGAUAGAGGCCUAUACUUUAGACCGAGGACAACUUCACCGCCAUCUGAAAAAAUGACAGCAGAGGCAGACAGUUUUCACAAAUCGAGAGAGGUAAGAACCAAGCCUCCGCCCCCUGGUGGCCGUACUCCUAUAUACGAUUUUGACGAAUGGGCGAAAAGCCACUAUGGAGAAUCCUUCCGAAAGAAAAUGGAGAGCAAACGACGUGCACAGCAAUACGAAGAAUUUAGGCAAAAAGAAGUGAACAAUAAGCAGAUUGAAAGAGUAGUUUUUAUAGUGACUUCAAUCAUUUUUAUGUGUAUGAUGUUUGGUACUGAUAAACGCUACGAUUCAGUUAAUUUCGGGACUUACGGCACCUAUCUUGCCCCUAAAAACGAAAAUAGUAAUUCGACAGAUAAGGAUAGUAAACAGUAGUUUAUUUUCCGGUCAUAAAAAUUAUAGGAAUGUUAUUUAAGGGGUAAAAUCAUUGUUUGCAGGAUUCUAUAGGCAUGUUUUAAAGAAAUUUUUGUACCAACACAAAACGUUAUUUCUACUCUUUUAUAACACUGUGACACACAGUUAAAUCUCCAUCCUGGAUAUUUUUCAAAACCACUUUGUGGGAACAAUAUUUGCAUUUGUAUUUUCGUUUUCUUAUGCAAAUCAUUUGUAAAAUACUUCCAACCUUUGGAUUUUCUGGUAAUUUUUUCACGAGUUUAUUUUAAUAAAAUAUUAAAUAAAAAUUCGAAAAUAUCGUUAAAACAUUAUAAAAGUCAGUAAACAUUUAUCAUUUCCUUUUUUUUUUAAGUAAAUUUUGCCUUUGUAAGAAAUUCAGACGAAUUAGUUAAUUUAAUUUCACGCAUGCGCAAUAUACUUUUCCACUUUUGAAAAGUGUGUUUGGACUAGUAGAACUUUUCAGACUAGUCCGUCGGACUUUUACAUGAACUUUUCAAAGCGAC